CGUCCCUGUAACAGAGGCGUAAUAUGAACCGCUUUUCGGAAAUGACAUGUAAAGGCAAGAUGGAUGAAGCUAGAAAAUUAAGUUCAUUUUUUUUUUAUUGCUAGGGGCUGUGCAGCUACGCCAUCACGGUCAAUGGAUAUUGUAAAUGCCCAAAAGGAUAGAUAAGGCAGUGGAACUCUUUUCAUGAAAUGUCUCAAAAGCAAUCAAAUAAAUACAAUUUUAGCAACUCUUUUCUGGCCUUUCGCACUUGGGUUGAAAAUCCACUCAAGGCUGCAAUCUCUAUUCUCUACUAGCUAUAAUAGGAUAGAUUGAAAAAGCAUGCUAGUCCCUCUAUAAAACAUUGAACCUAAUGAAAUUUCCCUCACCAAAAAUCUAUUUCCACCUUCACUUAGAACAACUUGUCACUCUCAACCGCUUCAGCAGAAAUCGUAGCCCCUUCUGGACGCCUUGGUUGCCUCACAAAGGGAAAUUUCUUCUGCACUUGCCUGGGAGGCAUAGCCAUCAAUAUAUUCACCAUGGCAUUCGUUAGAUUAUUAUUUUUAAUUCUUCUACUCCGAGAUUUGGUUUCUGUAUCUGGCAAUAGCGAUCCAGCCUAUCAUCGUCAUCUUCACCAUUCUUUCCUUAAAGACAAGGCUGCUCUUCUAGCAUUUAAGGAGUCCAUAAUAGUUGAUCCAAAUUCCAAACUUACAAACUGGGAAGAGGUUGUUCCUGUUUGCAACUUCACUGGUGUCACAUGCAACAAGCGACAGCGCCGUGUGAUACAAAUCGACCUGUCUAGCUCUGGACUUGUGGGGAAGAUUUCACCCUUCCUUUCAAACCUCACUGGCCUUCUACUCCUAAACCUUGAUGACAACCACUUCUUCGGCACCAUUCCGCCUGAACUUUCCUCCCUCCGACUUCUCCAAACUCUCAUCCUAAAUACAAAUAGCUUAAAUGGUCCAAUACCAGACAGUUUCGCCCUCCUCACCAACCUCACUUUAUUUGAAGUUAUGGAAAACAAUUUAACAGGUCCCCUGCCGCCUUCUUUUUUCUCAAACUGCACACAGUUACAAGUUAUAGAUCUCUCUUUCAACCACAUCGGAGGUCAAAUUCCAGCAGAAAUCGGAAAUUGUCCAAGUUUAUGGACUAUCAAUUUAUACAACAAUCAAUUUACAGGGCAACUUCCUGCCUCCUUAACCAAUAUUACACUGUAUGUUCUAGAUGUGGAGUACAAUCUUCUAUCUGGUGAACUUCCUACAGACAUAGUACAGAAGCUGCCUACGCUCAUCUUUCUUCAUUUAUCCUAUAACAACAUGACAAGUCAUGAUAAUAACACCAAUCUCUAUCCAUUCUUCGCCACAUUGGGAAAUUGUACUAAUUUAAUGGAGCUUGAAUUGGCUGGAAUGGGCCUUGGAGGAACAUUACCCAGCACCAUCGGCCAUCCUAGACUAAAGCGUCUAGAAUUGCAAGAAAAUCACAUCUUUGGGUCGAUUCCCCCAGAAAUAGGAAAUCUUUCAAAUAUUACAAUGCUGAACUUGGCAUCCAAUUUUCUAAAUGGAACAAUCCCGGGAGAAGUCAGUCUGUUGUUACAUUUGGAGCAGUUUUUUUUGUCCCACAACUUUUUCAGCAUCAGAAUUCCUGUAGCAUUAGGGAAACUCCCUUCUCUUGGUCAGCUAGAUCUAUCAAACAACAAAUUCUCCGGAGAAAUUCCAUCCAGCCUGGGAGAUUUAGUUGCAAUUCGAUAUUUGUUUCUCAAUAAAAACCUCCUUUCAGGGACAAUACCACCAAAACUACUCAAAUGUACAAAUCUUGACGUGCUUGAUCUGUCCCACAAUAGAUUAACAGGGAGGAUCCCUUCAGAGAUAGCAGACCUACGUGAAAUCACACGAUUUAUAAAAUUUUCACACAAUCUUCUCCAAGGUCCUUUGCCAAUUGCGCUCAGCAAGCUCGAAAAUGUUCAAGAAAUGGAUCUUUCGUCAAACAACUUCAGUGGGAAUAUCUUCCCCCAAAUAUCAAGUUGCAUCUCAGUGAUGAUGAUAAAUUUCUCACACAAUUCCCUUGAAGGGCAGCUUCCAGAUUCUCUAGGUGAUCUGUGGAACCUCCAAUCAUUUGAUGUUUCAAGCAACAAUAUAGCUGGAAAGAUACCAACGAGCCUGAGCAAAAUUAACCUCACAUUUCUGAAUCUUUCCUUUAACAACUUUGAAGGAAUGAUUCCCUCUGGUGGCAUAUUCCAUUCAGCCACAAAAAUGUCAUUCUUAGGCAAUCCGCGUCUAUGUGGAGCAGCUUCUAGUAGGCCGAUAUGGCCUCAAAAGAAACACUGGUUUCGAUCACAUAUGUUCUUGAUUAUUCUUAUCAUAGUUAUAGUUGUUCCAGUGCUCUUAUCAGCACUAGGCUGUGUGAUUGGAAUCCACCGCAUUAAACUAAAGGUUUCUUCCAGGAAAACUGAAAGAUCAAGAAAACCUCCAACACAAGAAAUAAUGCACAAUUUCCCCAGAAUCACUUGCAAAGAACUGUCAGAAGCCGCUGGAGGAUUUGAUACCCAGAAUCUAAUUGGGACAGGGAGCUAUGGACGUGUUUACAGAGGAGUUCUUAAAGAUGGGACAAGCAUUGCUGUGAAGGUGUUACAUUUGCAGUCUGAAAAUUCAGCCAAAAGUUUCAACAGAGAAUGCCAAGUUUUGAAGAUUAUUAGGCACCGAAACCUUAUCCGAAUUAUAACAGUGUGUAGUUUACCCGAUUUUAAGGCUUUGGUUUUUCCUUAUAUGGCAAAGGGAAGCUUGGAUAGCCGUCUCUAUCCCCAAUCUGAGUCAGGUUUGAGUUCAAGCUCUUCAGAUUUGAGUCUAAUUCAGAGAGUUAGCAUUUGCAGUGACAUUGCUGAAGGGAUGGCCUAUCUGCAUCACCAUUCCCCGGUUAGAGUCAUACACCGUGAUCUAAAGCCUAGCAAUGUUCUUCUAAAUGAUGAUAUGACAGCCUUGGUUUCGGACUAUGGGAUUGCGAGGCUGGUUACGACAGUAGGAGCUGACAAUGGAGGUGGGGCUAUUGAAAGCAUGGGAAAUUCUACUGCAAAUAUGUUAGCCGGGUCCAUUGGUUAUAUUGCACCUGAUGACAUGUUUGUUGGUGGUUUAAGUCUGCACAGAUGGGUGAAGAGUAACUGCCAUGGAAGGGUAGAAAAAGUGGUUGACUCAUCUCUGAUCAGAGCUUCAAAGGAUCAAUCCCCAAAAGUGAAAAGAAUGUGGGAAGUUGCAAUUAGAGAAUUGAUUGAAUUAGGUAUUCUGUGCACUCAGGAAUCUCCCUCUACUAGGCCUACCAUGCUUGAUGUUGCUGAUGACCUGGCUCGCCUUAAAAGAUACCUUAGUGGGGAUACUACUACGACAUUCGCCUCAUCUCUGGGAAUAUCUUCUUCCACUCUAGGUGAUGACUAACAGCUUCUCAAAUUGUACUAGACUGAAUUUUACUAUUGCCCUUUUGGAAAGUUUGACUUGGAAUCAAUCAGAAAAGAGAGCAAAGAUGCUUUGAGAACUAUAUCUGAUAACUAUAACACUAACUAUAGGUUUUUUUUACAUUUCUAUGCUGCAUAUUUGUACAUUAUUGUCCCUGUUAAUAGUAAUAGUAAGUUGGAAAUUGAGGUUCAAACAGCUGUGAAAAAUUUUUUGGUAAAUGUCAAAUAAAAAAAGACAUCAGAAGCUAUAUUUAAUCCGAGGUACAAUCUAUAUUCAUACCCAGC